CAAGGAACAAGUUGGUCAGACGAUUGCUGACGAUUCGUGUUAACGCUUGGAGUUAACGUUUAGUGUUAUUUUUAGUUAAAAAUUGCAUCUGAGAAGUCGGUUCGAGAGUUGCUUCGCGAAAAUGUGGAUAAUUUUAGUGCGGUGCAUUGUGAAGAUUGGAAACUGAAAUCCCGAGAGAUAACUUCGAAAUCAUAAUAGAGGUCCACAACAUAACGCCCACACUCCCACACGCACAUCAUAUGCCCAAAUACACGAGAAGAAAAGAUUCGAUUUAGUAACGAACGCUACGUGAUUGCGAGCUGUAAAAUCGUAAAGCACAAGGAACGGAGGAGGGGAUACGAAAGGACGAAAGAUUACAAUGGCUUUGCCGAAGAAAAUUAAAUGUUUUAAAUAUUUAGUUUACAGUUAUGUCUUUCUUCUAGCGCUGACUGGGGCUGCGCAAAUAUUCUUGGGCACAUCCCUGCUAUGGGGUCACUCGGUGUACUAUGGAAUUGUGCAGAACAAGCUGUGGGCUCCGGCUGCAAUUCUUCUUUGCCUGGGCCCCGUGACCUUCAUCCUUUGCUGGAUGGGCUGCCAGGCCACCAACCAGAGGAAGCGCUGCCUACUGGGAAUGUUUGCUGCCCUCUUGGUGGCCUGCAUAUGUGUUCAAUUCAUCAUCUGCGGCUGGUCGUUGGCCAUGCGGGAGAACCUUCCAACAUCCGUAGAAAUCUUCAUCGACGACUCCUUUGUAGAGUUUUUGGACAAGUUUUCGCGCACCAAGGUGGAUAACCUACAUUUGUGGAACCGGAUGCAAUCGCAGCUUCAAUGCUGCGGAGUGGAUGGACCACUGGAUUACCGCCGACUAUCGCUGCCCUGGUCAUGCUGCUCGCGUCCGGAACAUGCCUACGAGUCUGCAUGUGACACCCACUAUAAGCGCGGCUGCUUGGCCGUCGUCUCGGAGCAGAUCAAGAACCGCCUAUUGAUCACCGCCUUCGGAGCUGCCAUUAUAGCCAUAUUCCAGAGCCUGGGAAUUUUCUGUGCUGUCCACCUGACCAUUUUGUUCGGCAAGAACGACAAUACCCAUCCAAUGAACAUGAAUCGAAAAAAGAAGCAGCAACAAUUUUUGCCACUAACCAUACAGGAUAAGCGACAUGACCUACCGUCGCCCAUCAAUCUAUCCCCUUCCGCACCAGGGCAGCGGGUUUUAAAAACUGCUCUGCCCCCAGCCAUGCACAAAUGACAGACGAUUAGCUUUUAAGAUUCAAAAAUUUAUGGAAACUCCAAAGAAAAAUUAUAAAAAAAAAACACAAAAAAAAAAUGUUGUAAACUGAGAUGAUGGAAUGAAUAUAACUGUGACCCUCAAUGUUACGUUAUGGUAAUUUUAAACAAUUUAACGUUCGAGAAAAGAAACAACAUUUGAAUUUGGAUUAACUCUCCAGUAGUUUAAUUAAAGCUUAAAAACAAUUGGA